GUUGAGUCCUGACAGACAUUCAAAUGUGCUUCAAAAUGAUUGGGACAAUACGCUAGUUUUAUUUGAGCCAGCUUACCAGUUUGCAGACUGGUGCUAUUAUAAUGCCCCUCGUUUAACAAUUGUUUUGGUUUGCAAAAUAAAGAUAGUGCACUAUUAAAAUACUGGAAAAUACAAUCAGGUGUCCAGCUGGUAGGAACCCCAAAAAAAUCUGUCUAGGACAACAAACUAGUACUCGUUACUGAAUAGCCAAUCUCCAGAGCAAAUGCUCUUAUGCCAAAGCUUCCUGCCCUAUUCAUUUGAUUAAGAAUUGACGACGAUGUAUCUCUUAUCAACAAUAUUCACAUAUUUUUGUGCUUCACACCAUGCUAAAGAAAAAAAGCACUUUUGUCAAUAGAACCCACAGGGCUGGUUUAAAAUGUAUCUUAACGCACAGAAUGCACGAGCUUCAAACUUCAUUCAUGAUUUUCACUCACAAUUUUCGAAAAUGGAAAAUUUCAGAUUCAAACUAAAAGAAUCAUUUUUUGUUUACUUUUAUCCGUUUGGGGGUUUAAUGGUAAAACUCACAAUAUACAACUAAUAGAGAAGUAUUAUUCAAAAAAAAGCUUAAAAAAGGUCUGAUUAAUGUUACAAUUUAGAUUUCAAUAAGUUUUCUUUUCUUUUUACAACAAUCUAGAUACUUAUAAAACCUAUAUUUAUAAUAAUUUCUUAUUUUUUUAGGCUAAGAACAAAGGUACUUAUAACUUGUACAUCCAUGUUUUUAUUACACUUUGAAUCCAUUUCGUUUAUCAAUUAGCAAGCCCAUAUCAAUUAAUACUUAUCAAUAAUUAGAAAUACAUUUUUAUUAAUUUUUUUAGAUUAAUGUUAUAAUAAUAAAGCAACGGUACUAUUAAAUAAAUUUUUCAAUUCUAAAAG